UUGGCAGCUCCAGCCAUGCUCUACUGGACAAGUCCCUGGAGGAGAGCUUCAUGUUUCCCUAUCACUUGAGUCCUGAGGACGAGAGCCAAAGUAAGAAUCAACCACACCAAGCUGUUUUUCAUUAGGAGACCUGGGGAAGAAUGCAUGAUUGACUUAUUAAAUAAAUCACAUAGAACUCUCUCCCAUAUCAUCAGUAUGAAAUAUUCAGUGUCUACAGAUGUAGGAUCUUAAUUUGAUCACUAUUUUGUUGCUGAUAAUUUUCCUGCACAGCAGGAAAUGUAAACUUGUAGUGUAUUUGAGUUUUAAAAAUGCUUCUAAAGUUUGUAAUUUCCACUUUUAAAUUGUAUCAACCACUACACAAAUGUGCAUGAAUUAUAAUCCCCAUAAUAAUUCACUUUUCCUGUUGCUACAGGAUAAUUUUCCUGCUGCAGCAAACUGGAUCAAAUUAAGUUCCUACAUCUGUAUGGAACCCAACCUGUUUAGUGUCAUUAAUGAUCAUGUGUGUCAGGGACAAUGGGGUUCCGGUGUCUGUUGCUAUUGAAUGUGUUACGUUAUAGGGCUGCCGUUUCUCUUAGGUAGUAGUAUGUGUGGUCUGCAGAGAGUGAAUCAAUGUUUAAAACUAUAGAAAGAACUAAUCUAAUACCCAAAAGUAACUACUAUUCAUGUGUAAUUACAUGAUUCUGACAUGCAAAAACGUGGUAUAUUUGGAAAGAAGACAUCUGGGAGAUUAUGAGGAAAUGAUCAGAAGAUAGAUAGGAGUUACAUAGUUCAGAAUACACAAGAUCAAGCACAAACAAAAUAACCGUUUUUUGUUGUUGUUUUUUUACUCAUCUUUCAUUGACAAGCGAUAAGUAAAUUAUUGAUGACUAGAGCUGCAAACACAUCAGAUGGCUUCCACAACAUGUGAACAGAAAAAAAAAUGGGAUUGAUAGACCUAACAACUGGAAAUGGGCAGAUGUUUUAGUAAGUGGUGUCAGGUGUGGUCAUGGGAUGUUUCCAAGUGUCCCUAAACCUCUCCAAAGUGGCAUAUGUCUGUAAAUUAGAUAAUUCCAGUGCUAUUACAUAUUUGCAAUCCCUAAAUGCUAUUUGUUCAGUAUAAAAACACAAUUUCUACCAUGUCAACCUCACUCAAACAUUGUGGUGGUGUUAUGGGGUAUCCAGGGUACAUUCAAGUGUCCUUUCAACCUCUCCAAAGUGUCCGAAUGUGGUAAUUGCACUUUUUUUGCACACUGGAUGUGCCUAAAAGUUAUUGUUCACUAUAAAAACUAAAUUCCUACAACAUCAACCUCUCUCAAACAUUGUGGUGGUGUCGGGGGACAUACAGGGGAUAUGGAUCAUAUUUUUGAUGCGCAAAGAUAUAGUCACUCGGUGGACAUUCGAUAUUGCCAUUAAGUCAUACAUCAUCAGAUAACAUUGGCAAUAGGCUAGAGUUGUUCCUACCAACCUAAUGAUUCAUUUGAUACCCCCCAUGUAGCUAUAGCUCAAACACAGACCAAAUCGAAGCUUACCUUGUAAAAUGUUUGCUGUUUGGUGAAAACGUUGUGUAAAAUAAACAUUUUGACUCUCGGGGCUGGUGAUCAAGAACGGUAGGUCAUAGGCAGACAAAUAAGAUAUCCUCAUGAUCUGUGGAGUCCCGGCUUUCGGUGUGUAUCAACGUAUUCCGUGUUUAUUUCAUUUAUGCUUCACAACGCUAACCGGAAUGUAUGUAGCAGCCAUCUUGAAAUGGGGUCAUUGGCUCGGCCUGCCCUUAUAAAUUCGUAUGCCCAUAUAUGGUAGUACGUCAUACCAAAGAUUUGAAGGCACCGAUCAAUAACCAAGAUACUCAGCUUUCGGCAGACAUCCUACUUUUGCAGAUAGGGGCUACCGUUCUCAUACCAGACUGAAUUGAAUAAAAAAAAUCGAAUAGGGUCCCCAAAUAUUAUUAAGAGUUAAAUGAAGACCCUCUUGAAAUUGAGUUUCACACAAAAAUCCUCAUCUACAUUGUUUAUUUACGACCAAAACUUGUCUUUAUAGUAACCCAUCCAACUGCAUUUCAAUAAAAUGGAUUUCAUUCAAUUUUCCACCUAACCACUUCCAUUCUGAUAUUUCUGUGUCCCAGAGGAAAGCGAUGUGGUUUUCUUAUUAGUGGUUUCACUCCUUCAGGACCCAUCACAUGACUCCCUCCACAUUCACUUGGGUUAGAUUGGGAUUGUUAGAUUCCCCAUGACAAUUGUGGAGCCCCUAAAAAUUUAUAUUUUCCUCUUCCAGACUGACAUUCCCUGGUCUUCUCUGAUUAGUUGUUUUUAUGUUUGAUCAUUCACAAAUCACUAGUUGGUGCUAGGCUUCAUCAGACACCAAGGAACGUUCUUAGUCUGCACUAUAAAACACUUUUGUAUUGUCUUGUCGGUGUCUUGUUGGAGGAAUGCUACAUAUAUCCUGCACUGUACUUUGGGAAAGUUCAAGCGCUAAUGGAAUCAGUCUGAAUAAGGUCAUUUUAAUCUAGCCUGGUUGAUGAGAAGAAAGUGUACUGAAUAUGUACUGACAUGAGUCAUUUGUGCGUGAGUGUGUGUGUGUCUAGUAGCAUUAUGUUAAAUUAUGGCUUUUUGUUAAGGCUCAGAUAUGCUUUAUAAUGGGUUUUCAAUGUUAAACCCCCCGAAAAAUUCAACUAAUUAUGCUAUAUGCCUGUAUUUGGUUUGGCAUCUGCUGUUCUUAGAGAUAGUCAGAGUGGUCUACUUAUUGUCACUGACAAAUGUGCUUUCAGGUAAUGCAUGUCAGAAAGCUCCUUUGGUACAAGUGGAAAGUGUCAGUGACCGCUAUGAGGCUACCAAUUAUGUGGAUCACUCUGCAUUACUUGUCUGAAUAUGUUCCGAAUGACAGUAGAAACAGUAAAGCCUUCUAACUGUGGUAACUGUACCAAGGACAUGUAAAUACUUUAGCCAAUUUCCUGUAACCAUAAUGGUUUCAAAUGAUAUUGCCCUGAAAUUUGGUUCAUUUCUACUAAUUUCACCCAUGGGCAUUUGGAGUUUUACUUCUCAUGUAAGGAACUACUGGUAGAAUGGAGUAUACAGUUAAGGAGUUGUGAUGUCCUCAUCUCAUCAUACUUCUGAAGCAGGCAGCCAUGUUGGCCUAAAUUGGCAUCAGAUGAGGAUCAUUAGUUCCAUGUCUUUCUGUCAUUCAUUUGUAGAAUUAAGUUCAACUCAUUUGAUUACAAUCAGGUGGAGUUUCCCUCUUGAUUUCCAUGUUGAUGUGAAUGAAUACGGUAAUGAACACAGUACAAUAGAAAUGACAUCCUGCAGUGGCCAAUGUUUAGCAAGAAUGUGUGACCAGUCCAUAGAGUCAGUCUCAGACCUAAUGGAUCUCUUUAUCCUCACUCCUGCAGCUACCUCUUGUGAUUUUGAAUCGCCUUGCUCCUGGACCUUCUCCAAUCACAGCAUCAGAAAUGACUGGAGGGUAAUGUCACCACAGCAACACAGAUCAAGCACACAGGCCAUGAAGCCGGUCAGCGACCAUUCGGAGGGGAGCUCUGACGGUAAGGGAGGAAGCACAGUCACAAAGAGAAUACUCCAUGUGUGUUUCACUCACACCUUUAAUGUGCUACUCCUUUCAUCUCACUGAGAGCAUAGUGUAGUAUACUGUAUACAGGGAGAUGUAAUGGAGUCGUUAGAGAGAUGGCGACGUGUGUUGAGCACUGGGGGGGGACCCAGCCAAAAGAAAAGGGGCUACGGUGUGUAACACUGUAAGUAGGUAUACAGUGCAUUCGGAAAGCAUUAAGACCCCUUGACUUUUUCCGCAUUUUAUUAUGUUACAGCCUUAUUCUAAAAUUGAUCAAAUUAAUGUUUUUCCUCAUCAAUCUACACACAAUACCCCAUAAUAACAAAGCGAAAACAGGUUUUAAGAAAUUUGUGCACUUUUUAAUAUAUAUAUUUUUUUUUACAGAAAUACCUUAUUUACUGAAGUAUUCAGACCCUUAGCUAUGAGACUCGAAAUUGAGUUCAGGUGCAUCCUGUUUCCAUCGAUCAUCCUUGAGAUGUUUCCACAACUUGAUUGGAGUCCACCUGCGGUAAAUCCAAUUGAUUGGACAUGAUUUGGAAAGGCACACACCUGUCUAUAUAAGGUCCCACAGUUGACAGUGCAUGUCAGAGCAAAAACCAAGCCAUGAGGUCGAAGGAAUUGUCCGUAGAGCUCCGAGACAGGAUUGUGUCGAGGCACAGACCUGGGGAAGGGUACCAAAACAUUUCUGCAGCUUUAAAGGUCCCCAAGAACACAGUGGCCUCCAUCAUUCUUAAAUGGAAGAAGUUUGGAACCACCAAUACACUUCCUAGGGUUGGCCGCCCUGGCCAAACUGAGAAAUCGGGAGAGAAGGGCCUUGGUCAGGGAGGUGACAAAGAACCCGAUGGUCACUCUGACAGAGCUCCAGAGUUCCUCUGUAGAGAUGGGAGAAUCUUCCAGAAGGACAACCAUCUCAGCAGCACUCCACCAAUCAGGCCUUUAUGGUAGAGUGGCCAGACGGAAGCCACUCCUCAGUAAAAAGCACAUGACAGCCCCCUUGGAGUUUGUCAAGAGGCACCUAAAGACUCUCAGACCAUGAGAAACAAGAUUGUCUGGUCUGAUGAAACCAAGAUUGAACUCUUUGGCCUGAAUGCCAAGCAUCACGUCUGGAGGAAACCUGGCACCAUCCCUACGGUGAAGCAUGGUGGUGGCAGCAUCAUGUUGUGGGGAUGUUUUUCAGCGGCAGGGACUGGGAGACUAGUCAGGAUUGAGGGAAAGAUGAACGGAGCAAAGUACAGAGAGAUACUUGAUGAAAACCUCCUCCAGAGCUCUCAGGACCUCAGACUGGGGCGAACAGGACAAUGACCCUAAGCACACAGUCCAAGACAAUGCAGGAAUGGCUUCGGGACAAGUCUCUGAAUGUCCUUGAGUGGCCCAGCCAGAGCCCGGACUUGAACCCGAUCAAAUAUCUCUGGAGAGACCUGAAAAUAGCUGUGCAGCCACACUCCCCAUCCAACCUGACAGAGCUUGAGAGGAUCUGCAGAGAAGAAUGGGAGAAACUCCCCAUAUACAGGUGUGCCAAGCUUUUAGCGUCAUACCCAAGAAGACUCGAUGCUGUAAUCCCUGCCAAAGGUGCUUCAACAAAGUACUGAGUAAAGGGUCUGAAUACCUAAAAACCUGUUUUUGCUUUGUCAUUAUGGGGUAUUGUGUGUAGAUUGAUGAGGGUAAAAAAAUGGCUGUAACGUAACAAAAUGUGGAAAAAGUCAAGGGUUCAGAAUACUUUCCAAAUGCACUGUAUGUGCAGUAGGAUAAUGUAGCAUAUUUCCCCUCAUCUUUUUGAUGUGUUGUUUUGCUUUAAAAUCAACUGAAAAUACUGCUUUCAGUCAGAACAAUACAAAUACUUCCCUUUGGGUUGGGUUUUUCGUCCAAACAUUUCAAAUUAUUGUCUGUCUCCCUCCCUUUCUAGGUCACUUCCUGCUUUUGAGUCCCUCCUCUUCCUCCAGGGCGUCUAGGAAGUGUGAAUACUAUAUCACUAGUCCAGUGGUCUACAGUAGUGGCCCACUAUGCCAUCUGCAGCUGGCCCGCUUUGAGUCGGGGCUCACCGCUGGAAAUCUCUCAGUCUUAGUGAAACCAGUCAACUCAGCAUCUGUCAUCAGUACGUCAGCUCUCAGUGGCAGAGCCCAAGAUGGCACCAGGUCAGCAUGUUUUGAUUUACGCUCAUGUUUAGCCUCUUAUGUUUCGAUUUUAGGCUCAUUUUUAUCUUCUUAUAUUUUGAUUUUACUCAGUACUUUACUCAGUAUGGAA